CUAUGCGCGCUGGUCUGACGCAAUCGUUCUUCGAACGUCUGGUCAUACUUGGGAUUAGACCCUUCCUCUGCAAGUGCAGUAUCGCAUGGGUUCUCGUUUCUUCGAGUCUCCCUCAUACAUGUUCUUCGGCGGCACGCUACAGAUCAGCGCCACUGCUUCGGAGCGUCUUCGCAAGAGUGUCGAUUUCCCAUGGCCCGCCCCAGGUAUCGUGCCUGCCCAUAUCGACGUCACGCUAUCACACCCUACGGUUCCUACAUCGUCAACUAUAUACAAUUAAAUGGGUCUCUUCAGGACUUGUUACAAGGAUAUUGAAGUGAUGCCUUGUUAAUACACUAGGUCAACCGCCCACCUAUUGAAGCUCCUUCUCUAGUUCGCUCAGAGGAACUGACCAUGUGCGAACGAGCUUGUCCUCACAGCCAGUAGCGAUGAGCUGGCUGUCCUCGGAAAAUGCCACGCAUGUGACGAUGUCAGGGUGCUCGAGCGGCUCCCCAAUGGGUUCGAAUGUGGUCAGG